AGCUUAUUGGGAAUAAAACUUCAUUGAGCUUUUUCCCGUUACCAUCUUUUUCCUUGUCUUAUCAAUUUUCAUUUAAAUUUUAUUAAUCAUGCCUCUUAAUAAAACCUUAGGAAAUGGAGUUGAUAUUCCAAAUGAUGAUGACUAUGAUGAUACCCCUUACUUUGAUUAUCAUCAUUUAAAGGCCAUUGAAAACCAUGAUAGCAAAUACCUUUGCCAAAGCCUUUCUGUGUCACCAGGCGCUAGUCAUCUCACAGAAGAACAUAUUGCUUCUACUUUGUCAAAUAUUCCUGAAAUCCCAACUGCGUCUGUACCACAUGCUGCGGAUCCAAAGGUUAAAUUUGAAGCUAAAGAUAAUGCUAUCACCACUGAACUUCGUGAGUUAUACGGAGCACUCCAAAAAUGUCUUGAUCUCCGUGAAAAGUACAUUAUGCUUUCAGGUCAACGUUUAAUGGAUGAUCCUCGUAACAGCGAUGAUUGGGAAAUCUACCCUGCUGCCCCUCCCAAGUCCUGGCCUUUACCCCCACCUGAGGAACUCGAACGUCGUAAAGCUAAAGAGAAGGCACGCGAAGCCGAUCCUGUUGCAGCCGUUGGAUCUGAUUUCGAUUUCAGCCAAUGUAAAAUCCCUGGUGCUCAUGUCUACCAAUUUGGCGUUGGACCUGAAGGCCAUUACCAGGUCUACAAGAACGAACUGGACCAAACCGCCGGACAACCAAUUCACGAAUUUCCAACCCCCAGAGAAUUCUACGACGAUAUGGAUUAUAUUUUAAGCGUCAUUAGUGAUGGUCCCGCCAAAAGUUUUGCAUUCCGACGUCUUCGUUAUCUAGAUAGUAAGUGGCAAAUGUAUAUUCUUUUGAACGAGUUCCAAGAAUUGGCAGAUUCAAAGCGUACGCCUCAUCGUGAUUUCUACAACGUUAGAAAGGUGGAUACUCACGUACAUCACUCCAGUUGUAUGAACCAAAAGCAUUUGUUACGUUUUAUCAAAUCAAAGAUGAAGAGAAGUCAAGAUGAUGUGGUUAUCUAUCGUGACGGUCAUGAAUUGACUUUAAAGGGUGUAUUUGAAAGUUUAAAUUUAACUGCUUAUGAUCUUAGUAUCGAUACUUUGGAUAUGCAUGCUCAUAAAGAUUCCUUCCAUCGAUUUGACAAGUUCAAUUUGAAAUAUAAUCCUAUUGGUGAAAGUAGAUUAAGAGAAAUUUUCAUGAAGACCGAUAACUUUAUUCAAGGUAGAUAUCUUGCUGAAAUCACAAAGGAGGUCGUAUCCGAUUUAGAGUCCUCCAAGUAUCAACAGGUAGAAUAUCGAGUGUCUAUCUAUGGUAGAUCGAUUGAUGAAUGGGAUAAAUUGGCCAAAUGGGUUGUUAAUAACAAGCUGUUCUCUCCCAACUUGCGCUGGUUGAUUCAAAUCCCUCGUCUCUACAACAUCUACAAGGCUUCAAAGAAUGUAAAUAAUUUCCAAGAUAUUAUUACCAAUGUAUUCCAACCUCUUUUUGAAGUCACCAAGGAUCCUUCUUCUCAUCCGGAAUUGCAUGUCUUCCUUCAACGUGUGAUUGGUUUCGAUACUGUUGAUGAUGAAUCCAAACCUGAAAAGCCCAUCUUUAAGGACUUUCCCCUUCCUAAGGAUUGGGAUUCAAGUAAUAAUCCUCCUUAUAGUUAUUACCUGUACUACAUGUAUGCCAACACUGCUGCUCUUAACAAAUGGCGUCAACUUCGUGGGUUUAACACAUUGGUGUUAAGACCUCAUUGUGGUGAAGCUGGUGACACGGAUCAUUUGACAGCUGCAUUUUUAACCUCUUAUGGUAUCAGUCACGGUAUUUUGCUUCGUAAGGUCCCUGCACUUCAAUAUCUUUAUUACCUAGCACAAAUCGGUAUUGCCAUGUCACCACUCUCUAAUAAUGCUCUCUUCUUGACCUAUGAACGUAAUCCACUUCCACAAUUCUUCCAGCGUGGAUUAAACAUUUCGCUUUCUACUGAUGAUCCAUUGCAAUUCCACUUUACCAAGGAACCCUUGAUUGAAGAAUACAGUGUCGCAGCCCAGAUUUGGAAAUUAUCUUCUACUGAUAUGUGUGAGUUGGCUCGUAAUUCAGUGAUUCAAUCGGGUUGGGAAGAUCAAGUCAAGAGUCAUUGGAUUGGUAAGGAUUGGUAUAAGCCUGGUGUAGAAGGAAACGAUAUGCAAAAGACCAAUGUACCUAAUAUCCGUGUGGGUUUCCGUCAUGAGACACUCAAGGAAGAGUUGGAUGCACUUCGUCGUUAUGCUCCUCGUAAGGAUGCUUCUGUUAACCACGAGCCCAUGUCCAAACAUGAUUUUGUCGGCGUUGCCGGUCUUGCUGAAUCAUCCUCGAUCCAGCAACAUUUAAUGGCUCAUAAGGAAGAUGAUUGGGUUGAGAAUGAAAUGAGUUCAUUCCCUGGUGUCUCUAUGGUUGCUGAGCGUGCCAAGUUAAGAACAAAUCAUUAAAUGUGUUUUUUUAUUUUUUUAUUUUUUGCAAUUUAUAAUAAAGUUUUUUGUUUGUCCUUUCAUUUAAAGAUUAUGUUGGGCAAUU